AGUAAAACGAAUAUUGAGAUAAAUCGUCAAGAUUGCAUUUAAAUUAUAUAGAUAUGGGCCCAGUUGCUCAAAGCAUCGUUAAGUCUUUACGGACCGUUAAAUGAUAUUGGGCCUGUUAAAAUCAGCGUUAGCGUUAACAUUGGGUUGCUCAAAAUAACGCUGGCUUUUAACGGCCAGUUUAACGCCAGUUUCUGCCGUUAACUUUAAUUGAGGUUUAAAGCACAAUUAAACAGUUAACGCUAGGUUUCAAAAUGGCUGCUAUAGCUGUUCUGCCAUUUAGGAAACCAAAGGAAUUUCGACUGUCACAUCAUCUUGAUGAAUUAACUAGUGAAGAGUUUAUUGCACGUUAUCGUUUUUCUAAGAAUGGAGUCUCUUUCUUGGAAAAUCUUCUUAAGGACGAUUUGCAACGGCAAACAAACAGAAACCAUGCGCUGACAUCAUUCCAACAAAUCCUCAUAACAUUGAGAUUUUUUGGUACUGGAGCAUUUUAUUCAGUCAUUGGAGACACUCUAGGAUUCCACAAAUGUACGGUAUCUAGAGUUGUUGAAAAUGUAACGGAUGCCAUCAUCAAGCACUUGCACGAGUUCGUUGUGUGGCCAUCACCAGUGGAGAAGGAAAGAGUUAAACAAGGCUUUUAUGCAGUUGCUGGAUUCCCGAAUGUAAUUGGCUGCAUAGAUGGAAUACACAUCCGCAUUCAGGCAUCUCAUGAUGAUGAAGCUUCAUAUGUCAAUCGGAAAGGCUUUCACAGCAUAAAUGUCCAAGCUGUCUGUGAUCAUCAAGGGAAAUUUACAAGUGUCAAUGCCAGUUGGCCAGGGUCAUGCCAUGACAGCCACAUCUUCAGGACGUCGGGUCUCUGUGCAAAGCUGGAGCGGGAGCAUACAAACUUUGCAGAUGGUGUGCUGUUAGGAGAUAGUGGUUACCAAUGCAAAGUGUAUAUGAUGACUCCUUUCCUGGCGACGGAUUCGGUGGCAAAGGAAAGGUAUCAGCAGGCCCAAACCCGGACACGUGCAGUCAUUGAAAGAAGCUUUGGGAGACUCAAGCGUAGAUUUGCUGUUCUACACUCUGAGGUUAGAUUGAAGCCUGCAAAGAUUUGCAAGAUAACAACAGCUUGUGUGAUACUGCACAAUAUUUGCAUCAAAACUCAAUGAGCCUGACAUUGGGGAUUCUGAUGAAAAUCAAGACAAUAAUGAUGCAGUAUUCAAUCUUGCGAUGAACGGGAAUGGAAGCGGGACACACAUACGUGAAUACAUUGUCAAGAGAUAUUUCACAUAAUGGAAAAACAUUGUUUCUCAAAUUUAUGUAAGGACAUUAAAUAUAUAGGGUAUAAUAUAACACAAUUAUUGCUAAAAAACACUUUUUUUAUAUUCAUUUAAAAUAAUCAAUGUUAAUCAAUUUGUAUUCAAUAAAGCACUGAGGCAACUAAGUCAAUAUAACCAUUAUAUUUCGUCCUCGAAAAAUUUUCCAUUGAUGAUCUCAUCUACAACGUUCUGGUCACGUCUCAUUUCCUCUUUCAGCAGCAUUCGAAUCCUUAUAUCAAGUAGUUGUUUCUGAAACAUAAUAUUGCAUUCUUAAAGACUGGUUCUUAACAAGUAAUUAAAACUGAAACUUUAUACAAACAUAGAUUAUUUUGAUUUUUUAUGCAUUAACAGUACAGUAAGAUAAGUAGUCAGUCUGAACAAUUUAACAUUAGUUCUUUUGUAGACCUGGUGAAUGUUAUUGCUUGAAUUUUCAUAUUGUGUAUAUUUUCUUAUACUGUUAAUCACUAGUGUAUUACAGUAAUACUGUUUCAUACAGAAAAUUCUGUUAACAGUUGUCACUGAAUCAAUAGCAGUAUAAUUAUUGAUCAAUACCUUUAUCAGUAAAUAAAGACUGUUUUAGCAAAUGUUUUAUUUAAAUCUAUGAUUUGUUAUUGCAAUUAUUGUAUGUACUUAGAUUCAACAUUCUAAGUUAAAUAAUUUUGCAUAUUUUCCCUGUGCAUAAUUAUAGAGUUCCAUUCUGUUCACAUUUGGCUGAGAACUAGGUCAGCCAUCAGCUGAUUGAACAGAUGUAUUUAAAUAUAGGUCAGGAAUAUUCCCACGCACUUUGUAAACACUGUCUACUCUAGUGGAGAAUUUACUGCAUUAAUUUCAAUUUGCUAGUAAAGGCAAAGGUGUACAUUUCUAAGAAUAACUUACUUUAUUUAAAUUUUUGUGUUAAUUGAUAAAAAAUAUUUAAAACAUGUCAGGAGCCAUUUUCUCAACAGAGGUAGUAUGUAACAGGGUAUUCACAUACACUAAUUAUCAUUUAUUUGAAAGUAUGAUAUUUGAAUAAUAAUAUGGAAUAAAUAAUGCCACAAUGUUAUCACAUUCUUACCUCCCGUUCCUGCU